AUGGAAGUGAUAGUGUCAAAUAAAGGUGGACGUAAACUCUGCCAUGAAGGCUUUAUGUACACAGUACAAAAAUCAACUACAAGUCAUAUCUUCUGGAGGUGCGUUGAAAGGAUGAACGGUUGCAGAUCUCGUUUGAUGACAGACCUUGCCGUUAUAGAACCAAAUAUUGCGUCAGAUCAUAAUCAUCAACCUGACCAAAUAGCUUUUAAUGUAGCAAAGGCACGUGCAGUGAUGAAGGGCAGAGCGGUUCAGACCAAUGACAAUCCAGCUAGGAUAUUUUCUGAGUCCAUACAAGAAUUAGACCAGUUAACAAAAAUGCAUAUGCCAAAAGAGUCAACCUGCAAACGAACCAUCCGCAACCAGAGGUCACACGAAUAUCCACCCGAGCCUAAUACUCUAAGAGAUCUUGUAAUUGAAAUGGAUGUAGAAUGGUCUAAAACAAGAG